AUGAGCACUACAGUACCUUACUUCUAUUCACAUUUUGUAUCGGCUAUAUUUCCUUCAGAUAUUGUGCCUAUCCUCACUAGCACUGUGAUUGAGUGCCAACAUGCAGGGCUUCGCGCCGCCGGAUUCACUUAUGCCGCAACCCUACUCCGACCGGAAUAUAGAGACAAAGUAGAUCCUAAGUAUCGUCGUAAGUUUGAGACACUCAUUCGCCGUGCUGACCGCACCGCCCUGAGGCUAGUCGCCUCAGGCCAGAGCUCCGAGGUUAGUGGCAUGGACGGGCGGCAAGAUGAAGAGGUGUUUGGCGAUACUAACAAAGAGGGUGGUGUUCUUGCGUUCGCCCAUGAUAAUGAAAGCACGGAGCUGCUAACGCCAUGCCCCUUCUGCUCGGCUACUUUGCCAGAGUAUGAAAUCUACUGCAGGGAAUGCUGCAGCAAUUUGCCUUACUGCAUUAUCACAGCAAGUUUGAUUAGUUGUAAAAUGGAGUUUAUUCCAAUUAAUCACAAUUUUUACAUCGCUGUAAGCAUUUAUGAAUGA